AUGGCCACUGCUCAGCUCUCUCACUCCAUCCGAAUUCACAAAGCAGCUGAGGACACUGUUUUUCCAUCUCAAGUCAGUAAUGAGCAUGAAUCAUUGAUUAUGGUGAAGAAACUUUUUGCUACUUCUAUCUCAUGUAUAACAUAUCUAAGGGGCUUGUUUCCAGAGAGCUCUUAUGGAGAACGCCAUUUGGAUGGCCUCAAUAUAAAAAUCCUCCAAGAUGAUAAAAAAUGCCCUGGCUCACUGCAUAUUAUCAAAUGGAUUAAAGGUUGUUUUGAUGCUUUGGAGAAGAAUUAUCUACACAUGGCAGUACUUACACUUUACACAAAUCCCAAGGAACCAGAGAAAGUGACUGAGAUAUACCAGUUCAAAUUCAGAUAUGCAAAAGGAGGAGCCACUAUGGAUUUUGACAGGUAUAGUGAUAUAAACUUUGCAAGUGGGACACACAAUGAAAAUACUAAGAAAGCCGGUAUUCUUCUGAUCCGUAAAUUGUAUAUGCUGAUGCAGAAUCUUGGACCCCUUCCUAAUGAUGUCAUACUUACCAUGAAACUCCGCUACUAUAAUGCAGUGACUCCACGUGAUUAUCAACCCCCUGGUUUUAAAGAAGACCCUAACUCACACUUCCUGCUAUUUGAGGGGCAGCCCUUAAAUCUGCAAGUAGGACUGGUUUCUACUGGCUUUCAUAGCAUGAAAGUGAAAGUCACAACUGAGGCCACCAGAAUAUAUGAUUUUGGGAGCCAACUCUUCCAGGAGAACAGCACUACAAAGAUUGCCCACCAGGGUUUAGACUAUGAUGAGGAAGAAGAGGAAUGCAACAAUCACGUAAGGAAAAGCUUUAUUAAACCUCCAUAG